GAUAUGUCAGCCAAAGAGCCCAGAUGGGACGAGACUAGUCCGGUCAAGAGAUACUAGAUGAUACCUCGUAUUCAGUAUUCUCAGGACUCCCAGACCAGGGGCAAGGAAGGGGACGAAGUAGCAAAGUGUUCCCUCUCCUGUUCUGUUGAAGGAAUCGGAGCAGCUAUAGAAUCAGCAUCUUACUCUUUUUCGGCAAGCUCAGCAACGUUCUUCCACUGCACUGGAAAUCUCUUUCAGUUGGAAACUAGUUUAGGCUAUGACGACUCUUUGAAUCUCCCUCAAAAGGGAGUGGAGCAAAAAAGACAUAGCUAUCUGAACUGUUUUGAAUCCACUCUUUUUCCGUACAUAAGAUUGAACGAUAGAGAGGGUAGACCGGGAUACUUGAGUGGAGGAGUCUUCGCUUCCAAUUCUGUUCUAAGGACUCAAUAUGCCUUUUCAGCGAAUCCUUCCUCAGAAGAUGGACAGCAUCCACUCUAUUGACACAUUGUAUUCCGUAAUGGGCAUGGUAUCCUCAUAGUCAAAAGAGAUAGAAAGACUUUUCCAAGAAGGAUUAGUGACCUCAGAUCCAUAUGCAUAGUCAAAGAAGAGGGUAGACAGAGGUUCAACCUUAUUCGCUUAAGCAUUCGAUUUGAUCCAUGAGAAGGAAAAAGACCGGGUUCUCGAAUCCCCACUAAGAAAAGGAUCUCGGGGACUUUCUCAAAGAGAAGAAGGGUAACUCGUCUUCUUUCGACCUGUCAAGGCAGUUGCCAGACUGUUGAUUUCGCAGCUCAUUCGGUCUAUCUGAUCUUAACUACUUUUUUACAGGAAAGAUCUGAGUAAUUUUAAGAAGGAAAUGAAAUGGCUGUCAAAAG